AUGGUUCACAGUUCCAGAAUUAGCAGAAGAGGUCAGAGCAAGUCGACUGAAACGAACCCAGGUCUCAUAACCACAAAGAGGUCAGAGAAAGACGGCAGGGAAAUUUUCAGUGGGGAGAAAGAUGACGGGGAAAUGUUCAGUGGUGAGAAAGACGACGGGGAAAUGUUCAGCGCUGAGAAAGACGGCAGAGAAAUGUUCAGUGCUCAGAAAGAUGACAGGGAAAUUUUCAAUGUUGAGAAAGAGGACGGGGAAAUGUUCAGUGCUGAGAAAGAUGACGAGAAAAUGUUCUGUGCUGAGAAAAAUGGCCGGAAAGACGGCAGGGAAAUGUUCAGUGCUGAGAAAGACGGCGGGGAAAUGUUCGGUGCUGAGAAAGACGACAGGGUUAUGUUCAGUGCUGAGAAAGAUGACGGGGAAAUUUUCAUUGCUGAAAAAGACGACGGGGAAAUAUUAAGUGCUGAGAAAGAUGGCGGGGAAAUGUUCAGUGAUGAGAAAGAUGGCGGGGUAAUGUUCAGUGCUGAGAAAGAUAGAGGGGUAAUGUUCAGUGCUGAGAAAGAUGGCGGGGAAUUGUUCAAGAGCUGA